AUAGCGUGGCCUCUGGGCGGUCGUCGGUCGUGCGCGCUUGUGGGGAUCAGCAGCAGGGACCAGGGUGCUCAUUUCCGUUUUCGAUUCGACGUCAUCCAACUCCGAAAGCCCGUGUGUUUUGUGUUUCUUUGGGGCCACGAUGAUUAUCGCUAAUUUAACAUUGAAACUUUUGAAAUUGGAAUUAGGUUUUUUCGGAUAUUAAAACACACACACACAUAUUAUAUACUUCAAAAACAUACCGACGUAACAGAGAAAAAAAAAAGGGAACGCAUUGCUGAUCUUGCAACACAGAGAUAAACGAGGGAAGAUAGUGCUAUCUUUCGUAUAAAGAAUAACAAUUAAGACAAAUUAAGGUGCAGAGAUUUGUGACUGUGUAGCGCAAUUCAGGAGUUGAAAACAUGGGCAUUCAAGACUUGCAAACUUUCCUGGAUAGUAAUUGCGUGCAAGGAGGAUCCGUGCCUAUAGAUUUGUUGAAGAUUGCGCGUGUGUUUGCGCAAAAGUCACAACGUAAUCGUGUAAUUAAAGGACAACAGUUGCAUAACUUUGGUAAACUCAGACUAGUUCUUGAUGGAGAAUGCUGCUUGGAUCGAUUAUACGGUGGAUUCUUCUCAGAUUGGGCUUGUGGCGGACAAUGGAAUCGCAUGCUCCAGUUUCUUGCGGUUCUCAUACAAGCAAUGGAGAUGUCAGGACUAGAAAUAGCUGUAUUCUUUAAUGGGUGUUUUGAGCCUCUUCGACGAGCGGAUUGGAUACAACAUCAAUUGCAAAUGCGUGCUAAAGUUAACAAUGUCCUGAAACACAUAACAACGAAAGGUACGCCGCCGCCGAAAAUUUGGUGGACUCCACCUGUAUGUUUAAGGACAAGUUUACGUAUGGCUCUUAGGCAUCUUAAUGUAACAGUUUUAUGUAGCAUGGAUGAUCAUCAUCAGGAAGUCAUUGCAUAUUGUCGUGAAAACAAUUACAAUGGGCUGAUAGCAGAUGAUGCAGAAUAUGCUGCAUUUGAUCCUCCACGAUACUUCUCGUCUGAACAAUUGAAGCUUACAUAUAAGGGUUCUCUUGACACAAAAGAAUAUAUGCUCUCUGAAUUCACUAAAGCCCUCAACAUACCAUCCGACAGGUUAUGUAUAUUAGCAGCUUUACUUGGCAAUUACAUAUUGACCGAAAGCGAUUUGGCCGAUUUCUACAAGAAUCAUAAUAUUAGCACCAACGUGCUAAAUAAGACGAGCGUCGAACAGAUGAUCAAGACGAUUGCGAACUUUGUCAGGGAACUUUCGUCCAUGGAAUUGGAUGUAGUUUCGCAAAAAGUCUUUGGUUCCACUUCUGACCCAAGAUGUUCUAAAUUGAGACAGUCUGUUCAGUAUUAUUUGAAUGGAACAAAAGAGGGAUUUCUACAUUAUAAGCCUGUGAAACCAACAAAAAUUCAUAAACUAGAUUCCAAGCCGAGUUCACAGGCUCAGUCGAAUCUGUCAGAUACGCCGUCAGCCUCGGAAGGAGAGUCCAAUUUGGAGACAUCGAGAUUUGCAUCCGAAACUCUGGAGAGUGAACGCGAGAGUUUGAAUGCGUAUAAACAGGCAACCGCUAAUGCCAAAGCAGCGCCGCAAAUUGUGAUCGAUCCACCCGGGCUUCAGGGUCACGGAGAUUCUGAUAGAGACGCCAUACGCACGGAGGAAGAACAAAAUGAUGGACAUGCAAUCAACGGUACUCACAAUCUCUUGAUAAGCUCAUCGAGUUCGAGUAGCAGCUCCUCUGCAACAUCACCGUCCCACGCCACGGCCGAUUCUGCGAAACAGCCGGAAAAAACGCCCAAUAUUCCCAUCACAUCACCGGAGGUCAUGCGUACCGCUUCGGAGCGUCACCAAAAAGGACUGAUGUCGCCGUAUAUCUAUCAAAUUCUUAUUGCUGGCGAGAUCAAAUUGCCGGUUCUUCUAGAGGAUGAAAAUCAUCGCGAAUUCCCUUCCAUUCAUGUGAUUUACAGACCAAUCCGACAAAUGGUAUACGCGAUUUUGUUCAAUCUUCAUCAUCGAAUAUAUCUAGCUACGAAGAGUAAAGAGAAGGGUGACAGCGAAAAAGUCGAAGUCCCAGAAGUGAUAAUAAAGGAGUGGGUAUGGUCUAAGUCCAACCCAUAUCAAACUCCAGAAUUGGUGAAAGCAGAACAAAUCGGUUGGGGCGUUCCUACAAUACAACGUUUAUGGUUUGGCACAGUCAUAGAUGACAAGCGACGUAGGCUUAGGGGAUUUCUAACUUGCAUGAGAUCAGAUACCCCUCUCAUAUUAAAUACCUCGUAUGUUCCGCAACAUCUGUUGGUCAUGGCUUGUGUUUUGAGAUACAUCAUGUCUUUCUCCGAUAAGAUAAAAAUUUUACGCCGUCAGGAGUUAGAUGCUUUUAUCGCACAAGCUUUCUCGCCGGAGCUUAUGAAUGCUCAGUAUCUACAAGAUCUGCAGCUUCCAUUAGUGACGUCGCGCGGAGUGCAACUGGCUACCUUGUUCAUGGCCGGUGUAGAGACCGCGCUAUUAGCAAACGAUGCUUGUGGCGCACCGAUUCCAUGGUUAAUGUGCUGCCCCUGGCUUUAUUUCGAUGGUAAACUAUUCCAUCAUACGCUUGCUCGAGCUACUAUCGCCAAGAACUUACUAGAGCUUUGUAGCGGCCACAUUGACCGCGUGGUUAAAGUCGAAAGGAUGAGGAAAGCGAUACUCGAGGGAAUUACUCCGAUGUUUGCCCGUCCGCCAUUGCCUGUCGCACCAGGUAUUCGCGUAUCAGUUUCCUCGAAUAUAUUACCUGCUGGUUGUCCGACUAUUAACGAAGGAUUGAUGCGUGGUGGCCGUGGCAGCGGGACAAUACAACCUCAACGCGGUCUAAUGCGACGUCCUAUCCCAUCGCGGGGUGGUCAGUUAGAGAUUGCCGGAGUUGUGGUGGGCCAAUGGGGUCCGAAUUACGGACAACCUGGUCGACCCAUGCCGCAACCAUUGCAAGGGCAUCCUCGUGGACGAAUUCCACCACAGGUAACUUCUAUCGGUGGGCUUAAGUAUGGUCUUCCCCGUGGAUUCAAUCCAAUAAAUCGACCGACCUUUCAGACACGCGGUACCAGCCGUGUCCCGAUUGCUGGACGUGGAAAGAAGACUCAAAUGAAGGUAACUGGCAAGAAGAAGACAGCUAUUAAAAAGACCACCGAAAAGAAAGACUGCAAAAACCGUGGUAUCAUCGCUGAUGAAAUCACAGAUUAUAACGAAAUUGAAAACGACGAUGCAGCUCGUGCAUUACUAACAAAGGAUGUACUAUCAGUACCAGGUCAAUUUGAUGACGCAGUGGAAAACGGUGGUAAAGGCAUGGAAAAGGGACAAGGCGAUGCUCCGGCACUGGUUGCUCCGGUCGCCACGGAAAGCUAAAUGCUACCGACGUACAAAGAGAAAAUCUCACGAAAACUGUAACUACUUCCCGACCAUGACUCAAGACUGCUAACAAUCUACGUAUAUGUUCUAUGAGCGAUUGUGCAUUAGUAACACUUGAAUAUCCAUUUCUGAAAUUAUGCGAAAAUCUUUUAUUUUUGAUAAUAUUACUAUUAAAAUGUAAUUGAAAAAAUGCAGGAAGAUCUAUAUAUUAUUAAGCUGACGUCAGACUAUGCGCAAAUUCGCCAUUCGUAAUUCGUAAUGAUUUGCGGAAAUUCAUGGUUCAUCAGUAUCCUCCAUUCGCAAUCUAUAUAUUCACGAUUUACGACUUCGGCGUUUAUUGAUAAAUAUUCAUUUCAUUAUCAAAAUGAUCAUAUUGAUGAACAUUUUUAUUUCAUUAUUAAUUUUGUUUAUUAUAAUUUGUAAUAAUUACAAAAUUGUUUAUUACAUAAUGUGUAGAAUUUGAAAAUGAUAAUUAAAAUUGUUAUUUAAUGCUAUAAAAUAUAAAAAGUAACGUUUUAUAGGAUAAAAUUUAUCAUUAAAGAGGAAUAUAAAAUAUUAAUAUAUAUAAUACAAGCACAUAUAAAUGUAUUAUUUAUACAUCACGCAACUGUUUAUUAUAUAAAUAUUUAUGUAUGAUUGUACAUAUACAUAUAUAUAUUUAUAUCAUUAUAUUCCAUCAAGAUCAUAUUUCGUAAUAGAUUUGUUGAUAUUUAAAAACUAUUAUUUUUAGUAGCAUCAAGUGACAAUUUUAAUUAUUAUUCUAUAAUCUUAUUUUAUAGGUCAGAAUAUGCAAAUACACAAAACUUUAUUAAAUUAUUGAUGUUGAAAUGGAUGUUUUAUAUAUUUAUCUUGAUGCAUGGUUUAUCGCCAGCUGUACACGUAAUUGUAAAAAAAACAUUAUCUUAUUUUUCAGACAAUCAAUUUGUUAUCAUCAGGAAUUUUUUAUCAGAUAAAUUGAUGCAAUGAUUUAGGAAUAUAUAUAUAUAUAUAUAUAUAUUUUACAAAGUUUUAAUUUUUCAAAAUUAUAAACUGCAUUUAAUUCGUUAAUAAAUAUUUUCAGACGAAAGGGAUUUUCGAAGCAUCAUUUAAAAGCUGUCUGUUUCCUUAGUGUUACUUGCACAAAAGCUCGAAUGGGUCCAAAAUAUUGAAAUAUUAAUAAGAGACGAGAGAUCUUUACUUAAAUGGUGUCCCGGUAGUCCGCGACACACGGUGUAAAGAUUUUACCCAUUUUUGACAUGAUGACCUCACUGCCAAACGUACUAUUCUGUAUAAGAUAGAAAGAGAGAGAGAGAGAAAGGCGAGAGGAAAAGAAAAAAAUCGUGCUUAUACUAAAAGGAAAAAAAAAAACGAGCUAAUUUUGCUCGCAUUAUUACUCGACUGAUUACGCGUGCGCUAAUUUUACUACUCAAAGAACACAAAUCGUCAGCUGCUAUAAGUAUUUAAUUCUUAAGAAUUAUUUUUUUUACACGAAAAUAUAUAUUUUCCGGUAUUAUAUGAAAUGCUCGCUGCGACGUGUCUCAGUAGUCCAAUCUGAUCGACGAAGAAGAAAGUAGCUUGAUACACGUGUACACGGAUUAUACAUACAUAUACACACACACACGCUGUACACAUUACAUAAUUACUGACUUUUGUAGAUAAGAACGAUGCCAGAUGGAGUACUGAGAUAGUCAUUAGCACAUGGAGACUGAUGCUUUUCAUAUAGGUAAAAUAUAUAUUGAUAUAUAUAUACAUAUUAUUUAGAUUAGAAAAGAUUCCCACGCAUAUGCAGUAUAUUAUACGUAAGUUGUGCCUGUGUAUGAUGCAUGAAUGUAUUGUACUUACAAGUACAUGAGAGAAAUUGUGCGAUUUAAAGUGUGCAUGUUAAAGUAAGAGAGGAAGAGAGAAAGAGAGAGAGAGAGAGAGAGAGAGAGAGCGAGAAAAUGAAAGAAGCCACGAUAAUGAUGUACAUAAACGUGGCAUGUUAUGCUGUUAUGAACGCACGUUACAUACAUGUGUACAUUCAUGUAUGCAAUCUAGAUCAUAUAUUUAUUUGCGAUGAAAGAUUGUACGAAUGAAUGUGUUUCGGACGAAAUUUAUGGUUUAGAUAUGAUAGCGUUUCUAUCUUGAGAGCAGACUUGAGGCUUAUCAUGGGGCUUAUCUUAAGUAUAAAAAAAUGUUUGUUAAGAAGAGCGAUCCUCCCUUACGGUAUGCCUCAUAUUGUUUAGAAAAUAUGCUACAUUACGGCUAAAUACGCAAGAGAUACAAGUUGUUGAUUCUAAAUCAUUUAUACGAACACAUUUGAUUGAAACUAUUAUAACGAAACGAUUAUAUUUGUUUUUCUAUCGCGUGACUUCUCGCAAUACACUUGUUUGUUGAAAUUUUGAUGUUUAAGUUUGAUAAAAAAAUUGAUAAUACAUUAAAAACAUGUUAUUGUCGUCAUAGAUUAAGUGUUAAAUAAAAGAUUUAGAAAAAAGAGAGGAUUUAUUAUAUAUUGCGUUUGAAAAAAAUACAAAUUUUUUUGUGCGCGCACGUCUAGUGUAGCAUAUUUCAAGAAAUGUUCCUCCUUUAAUUGUACAUAUGAACAGUUACUUUUUAGAAGUGACACAGUGUGAUUGAUAUAUAUGAUGUACAUACAGAAUCCAGGUGCGUGUAUGCUUAUCACGUAUCGGAGAAUAGGAAGCGAUUAUGUUAAAAAAUAUACUAUUUAUGCGUAGAAUAGUCUAAAAGACUUUCUACCAAAGAUCAUCGGAAAGAAAGAGAGAGAGAGAAAGAAACGGUUUUCUUUUAUCACUAGAAAUGAUAUAUAACAACAAAAUAUCAAGACAGCACGACAGAACACGAUUAUUAAAAUAAGUACCGAAGAGAUAAGACAAAAACACAUGUCCAAGACAUGUGGGCGAAGGUAAUUAAAGCGAGUAAAAAAAAAAGAGAAAACCAUUUAUUGAGGUAAUAUAAUGAAAUGAUAAGAUAAAAUGUUAUAUUUUUGUAGAUUUGUUAUUGCGUAAAAUGCAUUAGGACACUGUGAGAAACUUUAUAUAAUUUGAGUAAAAUGACAGUUAACGAGCCUGAGAGUAGUUAAAUGAAUAAGAUCCUGUGGGAGAGAAAAAGAGAAAGAAAGAUACGAAAGUGCUUUAGAUGGCAUGUUAAGGAAAUGACAUCCAUGGAUAAAUUUUGCCGAAAAGAAAAAAAAAGAAUGGAGUCCCACGUUUUCCUAUGUUUCCGGAGCUCUCAAUUUCCCGAGUUGCUUGUAGGGACAGGAAAAGAGAGAGAAAGAUUAUAUAUAUAUAUAUAUAUACACACGCAUAUAUAACAUAUAUGAAUACAGAGAGAUGAAUUAUAUAUAACUAAUAAUGUCAGCUUCAAUGUGCGCCGAUGUGUGGAGAUAAAAUUCGACCGUUUUACGCGAUGCGAAAUCAACGUCAGCGUUCGCUUCUAACGCAGUUUCUAUCGAAAUUGGCGUGUGCGUUUGUAAAUCGAUACGUUUCACGUGAUACAUAUGUAAUAUGAUUUCGAAAUCAUCCGAGUCUCAUAACGCAAUUAGCGUGCGAUUACUUUGCAAGGUACACGCACCGACAUAUGAUUGCUGAGAAAGAAAAAAAAACAGUAUUCCUUUCCGAAAAAGUAAAUUUCGAAAAUUGACAAUUAUUCGUUCGUUCUCGAACGAUAUAUACACUUAUACACACACACACACACACACACAUACACAACAUACAAACAUACAUACAACACGUACUAGAAGCCGACUUUCUUGAAUCUGACAAAAUACGAAUUUGAGAGUAAAAUGUCACUUUACGCUUUUAACGUAAAGAUAGAUGUGAUUUUCUUUCUGAGAGAAAUCGAACUCUUGAUAUCUAAUACCGGAUAUAAAACGAGUAAAGACACAAAUAAUAACGAUGUAAUAACGCAUGAUGAUCAGUUGCCGCUGCACUGAUACACGAAUAAUAUUCAAUAAUAAUAAUAAUAAUGAUGAUGAUAACGUGAAAUAAUUUAAUGUAAAACGCGAAGCGUGUAUAAUGCGAAAAAUGAAAAAAAAAACAAACGAGAAUCCACAUUAAAUACAACAGAAAAUACGGAAACUCGAAUGACGUAAAAAAAGAUUUAAAAAAAAAAAAACAGGCGUGGCUGCAACUUAAAGCGUGCCUGUGCUUUUCGUUAUUGCGAUAGUUAGAGGAGAAGCGGGGCCCACGAAACAAACUUAUCUAUGAUAAUAAUAAUACCGACAUUACCGUUGUAAAAGAAUUACAAGUAAUCUAUGAUCGUAUUUAUUAUAUAUGAAGUAACAAAUCUAUAAAUGAUCUUCUCAGAUGCAAUUGUGUGUGUUGUGAACAGAUAACUAAUAACAAAAAAUUCACAUUGUGCACCGAGUAUAAAAUACUAAUUCAUCUCAAGGGGGCGACCGAUUAUUAUAUAUUGAACGAUGAAGAGAAAUUAGUCUGUUAUUCGAGAAACGUUAUUGUCUAUUAAAAAAAAAAAAUAA